AUUUACAGGUCGCUCCCAGCUGAUCGGAAGAAUGACAACCGCACGACACUGGAUGGCCGCCGUUCUCGUCGCACUCGCAGCGUUCUGCCUAUUCUCCGGCCAUCCUUGCGCCGGAGAAACGGGCACUGCCACCUUCUAUACUCCUCCUUACAUACGCGUUGCGGUGCCGUGCAAAGAAGGCCGGAGCGUAACGGUGAAGAUCGUCGACCUGUGCCCUGCCGGCUGCAAUGGCACCAUCGACUUGUCGGCGGCGGCUUUCGCCGAAAUUGCCGAUCCCGACGAAGGCAAAAUUAACAUCUCCUAUGAAGAGUACGCCACAUAUAUUGAUUAA